CUACACACAAAACAAUCACUGGACACGUGACACUUGGAUGUCGGACUGUGGUGCGGGCAGUGAACGCCUCAUUGGGCAGAGGGCAGCUUCAGUUCGCAGGAAGAGGAGCUCUACUCUCACACCAGACUUCCAUCAUCCCAGCGGCUCUGUGUAGUUAAUGCUGCCGUCACAAUGGAUAGACUAGGCGGAUCCCCGGAAAUGAAGAUACAGAGGAGUUACGUCGACCCACACAACCCCAGAGGCAGCCAUGACAGCGUGUUUGGAGUCAGGGUGCAGGUUCAAGGCAUUCAAGGGCAACCCUUUGUCGUUUUAAACAGUGCGGGCCAAGGUAGCCACAGAGACAUAUCAGUAAUCACUCACCAAGAGGGGUACAACCCGGGAAUGGUGAGGAGGUCCCUGGAUGAGAGAAGCUCCUCAGAGUUUCAUUACCAGAAACACCCAGAGAUCGUUAGACCGUACGACCCACAAAGCAACAGCCUUCACACCUUCAACCCUUCACAGAACCCUCAACCUGGAAGAACAGCGGCCAAAGCCAGGAUGCCAAUUCCAGCAGAAAGCCCCUCAGAAGACCAGAACACACCUUCAAAUGGACAUAGUUCCCUGAACGCAGUGGACUCUGAGCCCUUUAUGUCUGUUGGCAAAUUAAUCAACCAGUUCAACAGCAGCCAGCGGAGGGGAAGGGGCGGCCCGAGGAACAGACUGGACCCUGAGGACACUCGGAGGUCCCGUAGCGUGGACAGUGGGCGAGCUUCCGACUCGUCGUCCUCCUCAUCCAGCAGAGCCUCCUCUCUGAAAGGGGGCAGCAGUGGACCCGUCACCACAGCUGGGUGCAUCUAUCCUCCUGGGUCAGCGCGAGCUCGACUGCUGGGAGGAGAGACCACCAAGAGAGAAGACAACAAGCCCAGCGCGCCGCUCAAAGCGCAUCCUGGCAGCGUUAUGGCGGCAAAACUACUACACAGGAGAAAUGAAUCAUCUCAUCUUGACCAUGGAGCUGAGGAGAGAGACACUCAGGUCACUCCUGACCUUCUGAAAGGACAGCAGGUGUUGGCCGACCCAAAUGAAGACGCAGCGAAACAGAUGCUCUUCACCUACCUUAAGGAAGGAACAACUGACGAUGAAUUGGUCACCAAGAGGAAAGUCAACCUGCUGCUUGAAAGGAUCAACAGACUCAAGUGGAAAACUGCGGAGAAUGUGGAGGAGGAAGUGAAAGAUGAAGCAGAAGAGGUGAAGCAACUGCUGGAGAAACGAGAAGUGCUUGAGUCACAAGUGUGUGACCUGCAGCAAAAACUGGAAACGGAGAUGAAGAAUGAAAAAACUCUGGCCAAAGCUUGUGAGAAGGCCAGAACGGAGAAGACAAAGCUGCAAGAAGAACUGGCUAAGAGUCAGACCGAGCUCUCCAAACUCAGGAAGAAACUGACUGAAAUUGAGGCGCUACUGAAAUCCACCAAAGACCAGUUGGCUCAGAUGAUUGUAGAGAGGGAACAUUCUAAGGUGCAGAUGAAGGACCUCCAGCAGCAACUGUCUGAGAUGCACGAUGAACUGGACCAGUCCAAGAAAGCAGAAUUGAUACAUGUUGACAAAGAAGUCCUUCUGAAGGAUAUAGCACAGCUGCGUACAGACUAUCAGGAGAUGCUGCUGGUGAAGGAGCAGCAUGAGGAUGUUCUCCAACAGCAGGAGAAGGACCUCAGUGCCCUGAAAGAUGCCAUCAAAGAUGAAGUAGUGACCCAUGACAAAUACAUUGCUGCUCUUAAGGAAGAAUAUGAAGUGGAGCUGGACCAUCUCUUGAGGGAUUUAGAGAUGGUUAAAGAGAGCAACACCGUGCUGGGCAAGGAAAAAGUUGAGGCAUUGGAGGAGGGAGAUGCAGCAAAGGAGCAGCUGAAGGAGCUGAGUCAGCAGAGAGAUCAACUGAAGGGAAAAGUGGAGGAGCUGAACAGCAAGGUGGAAAAGCUGAGCCGAGCUGUCCAGGAGUCCAAAGCCUCAGAGAAACUGCAAGAGCAGCGAGUGAAGCAGCUGGAGAGGGAAAAGCAGCAGUUGGAGGAAGCGUUGCAGGAUGUGAGGAGGAAUGAAGAGGAAAUGUGUCAGUCCAACCACUUGCUGCUGACCCGCCUGGAAGAGGUGCAGAGUAAGCUGACCAAACUAAACCAUGAGCACCGGGACUUGAAAGAGAAGCUCAGGGAGGAGCGGAAACAAAUCGAGGAGCUGUGGAAGAGCAAAAGUGAGCUGGAGGAUGAAAGAAGGCUGCAGGACAGGACCGUGGAGCAACUUCAGAGAAAGAUGACUGGCAUCAUGGAGGACUGCGAGGCGUCUACAGAUGUUCUUCAGAGUCAGGUCGACGAGGCCAAAGAGAGGAGUCAGAGGGAGUUGGCCGAUCUGCGCAGACAGCUGCAGGAAAGGGGGGCUGAGUUGGAGAAAUCCCGACUAGCAGCCAAAAAGCUUCAGGAUGAGCUGCUUCCUCUGGAGGAGGACCUGCAGCGGUGUCACAGGGAGCAGCAGGAGGCCCAUUGCAGGGCCCGGCAGCUGGAGCAGAGGGUGGAGGACCUAGAGGAGAGGAACGCCACCACAGAGGACGAGCGGGAGCGCCACGUCAAACUUUUGGAGGGGCGUAUCAGACAGCUGGAGGAAGACGUGAAUGAUGAACACAGCACUGCCGACCGCCUGAUGGAGCGAUUGGACAAAACCAAAGACCAGAUGGAUCUGAUGAGGAGUGAGCUGCUGCAGGAGAGAGCACUCAGACAGGACCUCGAGUGUGACAACACGAGCAUGGAGAGACAGAAUAAAGACCUGAAGAGCAGAGUGGCUCAUUUAGAAGGAUCACAGAGGAGCAGCCAGGAUGCUGUCAUUUCUAAACUCAACAGCCGCAUUCAGGAACUUGAGGAGAGGUUGCAAGGGCAGGAAAGGGACAACAACAUUUUGCAACAAGCCAAUCGCAAGCUGGAACGCAAAGUGAAGGAGAUGAAGAUGCAAGGUGACGAGGACCACGCCAACCUGAAGACCCACACAGACCAGCUGACUCAGAGACUGAAAAUGGCCAAGAGGCAGAUGGACGAGGCCGAGGAGGAGAUCGAGCGGCUGGAGCACGCCAAGAAGAAGCUGCAGAGAGAGCUGGAGGAGCAGCUGGAGGCCAACGAGCAGCUUCAUGGUCAACUCGACACACUGCGGAAAGACAUGAGGCGCAAAAGGAAAUCGCCUCCUGUGAUUAAAGUCGUGGAGGAUGGAGACAACCUGGAUGACAGUGGUUCUGAGUAACUGGAUGAUAACACAGAUCUCCUUUCGGCUUAAUGUGAUUGUGUCAGUAAUUCCUUAACAACUCCAGCGUUACUCAGGCAUUGUGUUAAGACUGACCUCUAGUGGCGAUAUUUGGAACUAAUUCUUUGGACAAACCUUGUGUUAUUAUGAAGGCGGUUCUAUGUUUGCAACUUUCUGGGGAUUGGUUUGGUGAAGGCCCUGUGGACUAAAAGAAGUUCAUAAAAGCAUGGGUGGAUGAGUUUGGUAUGAAGGAACAAAGAAACGUUACAACAAAGAUGGGAUUUUUCUGGAUGAACGGACAAAACUUCCCACAGACACACUCCGAAGUUUGUUUUGUUAACAACACAUUUCUACAAUUUGUACCAGGCCUUUGAAUACUUUUGUCUGUACCAUGUUAUUCUUUCAUGAUGUGAGUUGACUCAAACGCUCUCUAACUGAUGAUUCCAUGUUCCUAAUGCUUUUCCAAACUGUAUAAACCUCAAGAAUUUGUGCAGCCCUUUGAGACACUAGUGAUUUAGGGCUAUAUAAGUAAACAUUGAUUGAUUGAU